AUGAAGUCCCUCGUUUCUUUGUUAGGACUUUCGUUCCUUGCGGGCCAUGCCUCAGCCCAUUACAUCUUCCAGUCAUUAACCCACAAAAACAUCCAAUAUCCACCCUAUGGAUACAUUCGCAUGAACGAUAAUUACAAUAGUCCUGUCAUAGAUCUCGCUAGCAAUGAUCUACGAUGUAAUUCCGGAGGUGAGACGAGCAAUGGAGCGCAAACUCUUACAGUCAAAGCUGGAGAUUCUUUCUCUUUCACUGCGGACGUACAGGUUUAUCAUCAGGGUCCUUUGUCUAUAUAUAUGGCAAAAGCGCCAACAACUGCAGCAGCCUUCGAUGGAUCCGGCAAAGUUUGGUUUAAGAUUUUAGAUAUUGGUCCUACUUUUACAAAUCAGGUCGCAACAUGGAAUCUUUAUCAAACAUAUACUUAUACUAUUCCGCCAAAUCUUCCCAACGGCGAUUAUCUUCUUCGUAUUCAACAACUUGCUAUUCAUAAUCCCUACCCAGGAGGAAUCCCUCAAUUCUACAUAGAAUGCGCACAAAUAACCGUGACGAACGGAGGUACCGGGACUCCCGGUCCUCUAGUAUCUAUUCCCGGAGCCUUCUCCGACACGGACCCCGGCUACACAGCAAACAUCUACUCAAAUUUCUUCAACUACACUGUUCCCGGCCCUGCCAUCUGGGCUUCUCAAGGAGGCUCUUCAGCUUACGCUGGCAUAUCAAACGGCAAUAAUGCAGCGACGACUUUGGCUAGUAUGCCUGCUGGAACAGGAGCGGCUACUACCGCGUCUGUUACUGCGACUACUACUGGGACUCUAUCCUCCGCGACCAAAACUGCAACUCUUGCUACCUCGACAAAGACUUCGACGAGCGCGGCGGCUACGGCGACGGGAUCGGUAGUGCAGAAGUUUGGACAGUGUGGAGGCCAAGGAUGGACUGGAGCAACGGUUUGUGCGGCGGGUAGUACAUGUACUGCUAGUAAUGUUUACUAUAGUCAGUGUUUGUGA